AUGAACCACACAAUAUCAACCAGAACGGUCAGAUCCCUGACCUAUCGGAUUGACGAAAUUCCAUGCGACUAUAGCACCCCUGAGGAAUUACUGAAAUGCUUUCACAGCGAUGAUAAGAGUCGCGUAAUCAUCAGGUCGUUCGUCCCAAGCAUCUCGGAUCCGGACGGCAACGAGCACACCGCGACAAUCGAGUAUCAAUCAGAAGGCGUUCCAAGGCUUGAUGCCGAUGCCAAUGGCAUCGAGCUUGACAAGGACUUCUGUGGCUUCACUCCCCUGAAUGAGACAGAAGGGAACGUGGCGGCAGACAUCAUUGCCGUGACAGGGUUAAGUGGCCAUGCUUUCGGCUCGUGGGUCAACUCAAGGGGCCAGAUGUGGCUACUCGACUACCUACCCAAAGAUCUCCAACAGAAAGCUCGCAUACUCAUCUACGGAUAUCCUUCAGCUCUCCAGGGCAGCCGCAGCCAGAGCUCCCUCGGCGACUAUAGCAAUUGUUUCAUGCAAGAUCUGAUGGGCAUCCGCAGUCACCCAGCCAUGCACGACAGACCUAUCAUCUUCAUCGGCCACAGCCUCGGCGGUUUGAUUAUCAAGAAGGCCUUGGCGGACCUCAAACCGCAGAUUCUAUUAAGACUUCCUGUGAGGUCUAUCUUGUUCUUUGGCGUUCCUCAUGGAGGUCUCAACAUUAAGGCAUUGCAAGUCAUGGUCAAGGGCCAACCAAACGAGAACUUGAUUAGGGAUCUUCGAGUCGACUCAGCUGUUUUGGAAGGCUUGGCCGACAGCUUUUCUAGGAUUGCUAACUCCAUCAAGAUCUACUCUUUCGUGGAGAAUCACGAAACGCCUACCGUCGUCCAAGUGGACGGCAAAUGGCAGCGAGGCGGCGAGCAAGAAAUGAUGGUCAGCAGGCAGUCUGCUCGGCUGCGCUGCGAGACCGAGACCAUACGCCCUGUACACGCAGACCACUCGCAGAUGGUCAAGAUUCGAAGAGGCCAGAACGGGCCCUACCCCUAUAUAGCCAACAUUCUGAAAGAGGCACUGCAAAGUGCCCCGGAGAAAUGGGAAAACUCCCAGCAAUUGAAACAAGCCUUUCCAGCCGGCGAGCCUCGCGUCGGCAAAUCUCGAUUGGGCAGUGUGCCGGAAAGCUCUUCCAUCACUAUGGACGAUUUGGCUGCAAAGGUUGGGGAUAUGUGGCAGAAAAAGGUUUCUUGCCCCCCCGAGCCUAAUCCAGCACAAAGUCAGAAACUAGACUCGAACGAAAGUGAGGGGGAGCUGCUACUAGCCUCCAAUCGGCUUCGUUCUUCGAGCCCGCCUCAUUCCCGACCGGCGUCCGCUGCCAGUUCUAGAGACCCAAGACAAGAAGCUUUGGCUCCCGAUGACGAUGACGAGCUCGACGAAUUCAUGUUCAACGAACUCACCCAGCGAGGUUCCCUCACAGACGCCUUUUCUGCUAUAUGCCGCCAAGCCCAGGUCUACAUGGAGGUACGAGAUUUCGAAAGCGCGGAAAGAACAUGCCAUGUCCUCCUUGAUCAGCAGAUCUCGGAGGGAGCCUCGCUGGCAGACGACACGGUUCAGCAGACCAUGGAGAUUCUAGCAGAUGCGCUCGAUGGACUCGGGAACUCACAAGCCGCUAACGAAGUUCGGCAUCGAGCAUGGCUGGCCAAAUCAGACGUUGGGCAGCAAGCCAGUUCGUUGCAAGAUCCCCCAUCAUCUGGGAGCUGGCCGUGGGCCAGCCUUCCCACGCCAAACGCCCCCGGCUUCCUUGAACCUCCGUUCCAACCCACCAUGAGAUCCCUUCCGUCUUCGUAUUCUCCCAUGUACUCCUUCAUACCGUCUCAGCCAACGCCAUCGACUACUCUGGUUCUGCCCACAUCUAAGUCUUGGGACAAAACCUUUGCAGACGUGGAAGAUGUUUUGUACUUCCUGUCAGUCUCCACCGAAACGGUCCAGAAGGGUCCAGAUAUACUUGUGCUUGACUGUGAAGAUGACGGCUGUGUCAUGCGCCUUUCCGCUAGGCCCAGUCCAGGCGGCCUAGCCCUGCAGCUGGACUCGAGCGGCAUCACGCUGCCAAAGCAUGUGGUCUCCAACAUUCAGCGGCGGCUCGCACCUAUGCUCAUCGGAGAGCGCGUCCUUGUCUCCUACAUUGGGAUUCCAGACCGCCAUAUGGCGCCGCAAGACGUGCUCAUGUCACACGAAAAGGUGCUGAGGCGACUCGAUGUCGAGGUUGGAACUCUUGAGGGGUCUUACACUCACGCACGGCACCGGUGUCGCGCCAAGAAGGUUCGUGUGUUGGGCGCCAAUAAGAAAGUAUCAUUUCACAUGGUACACGACGUUUUGGAUUCCCCUGAUGAGGCGGUCAUGGCGGUAACGUUCGAAUGGAUGGAAGGGGACAAGGUCUUCUUCUCUGAGAUGAUGACCACCCUCAGUAGUGAAAUAUUGAGCGUGAACCAGAGUCUUCCAUGGGCCGCUUUUGGUCAGACGCAGCCACCACCUUUAUUUACUCCAGGUGUGCCAGGACUUGGUGCUGGUUUUGGGUGA